AUGCGGCUCAAGGUCCUCAGCUCACUCUGCUUUCUAGGUGGUCUGCCCCCACUGCCUUCCAGUGUAGAUGGGGAUACAACAAUGCAACAUUAUAAAGAUAACAAAAAGAACAAGAUGAAGAUUCCUUUCGAUAAAGAUGAGAACUGCAGUAAAACGAGAGCAGGGCGGGGAAGAGGAAAGAUAAAACCACGACAUAAAUUUACCCGAAAUGACCUGAAGAUCCUUCAGCAACUAUUUGAGAAGAAUCCUUAUCCAAAUUAUGUAAUCAAGCAUAACCUGGCCCAGAAGUUCGGGUGCCAAGUGUGUGUGAUUGAAAACUGGUUUCAGAAUAGAAGAUCCAGACUACCUUCAAAAUUGAGAGACAAAAAUGAUGACACUAGGAGGACAUCCAAGAGCCAAGACAAAAGGCUUACGGGCCAUCUUGAUACCCAGACCCAGGAAGCUUCUGGUGAACAGGUUGAUUUAGGGGACUCCAUGGUCCAAUGCAUUAGAAUGAGAUCAAGUGGCACCAUGUGCUAUCAAGGUGCUGGUGGAAGUGGAUCUUCUUUCAACUUGGGACCAGCAAUCUUCAUUCCUCCGGCUGUGUGGGAGCUGUAUGAUCUGUGUAACUGGCUUGAGACAUCCUCUGCCAUUGGCUAUGUUCCUAGUGGGCAGGGGCAGAUGGAUGGCAACCAUUCCUGGUUAUGCCCACAACAGCAGCAAAAUAAUUGGGGAGGUCAACAACAACUGCAGCAGCCUCAGAGCUACCAGGAGACGUCCCUUGCCGAAUGCCACACGGUACACCAGAGUCAUGGAGACUUAGGGCAGCAGAGGCUCCUCAUCAUGUUCCCCAGAGUGUUGCAGCCUCUGGGUCCCUCAAGCUUUUACACAACUGUACAGAGCCUAGGUAUACGAUUAGAUGGCCACUUAUUCCAUAUCGGCCCGAUCAGCUCUUAG